GGGCACAUUAUAACAGUUCCGAAAGACGAUGGCUUCAAUUACUUUCAAUCUCCGAUACUUUGCUAUCGUUUUAUUUGUUUCAAAGUUGUCUUAUGGGUAUCAGACGUUGCAACGUUUGACAGAACGAUUAGAUGCUGUAGAAGAAGCUUUGAGGCAAGAGAGUAGAUUCAGACGCGAGGACGUUAAAGCAUUAUACGAAGUGCUAAAGAAUUUACAGGGACACAUACUACAGAUUCUGUUGCAGAUAUAAAAGGACAUGAAGACGUAAGCACAUGCACAACGUGUAUUGAAGAAGAAACACCAUCAAAAGAUAACUCCUUAAAGUUACUGUUAAAUGCUUUCAAGCGGGAAAAACAAAAAAAAUGUACAUUUGCAGAACGAACUUAUAAACAUUCAAAACAAGCUUGAGGAGAAAAUUGCAAACUUGUCAGAGGAAACUGUAAAGAACGUUGCAGGAGAAAUAUCUGUUAUUCUUCAAUUUAAAGAACGAUUAAACGACAAUGUUACAGUGUUGGCACGUGGUAUUGAAGAAAGAAUCAUGGCACACUUAAACCAAGAGAAGUCGUCUAUGAGGGCAGUGAUUUCUGAAGUUAUUGCCGACUUAACGGCGAUAAAUGAUUCAUUCAUUGAUGAAAUCGAGCGGUGUUUUGAUAAACUUUCUAACCAGACAAAAAAACUAAAUAAUCUGAGUUUAAAUGUCAGCCAAAAACAUUCAGCAUGUAAUAAAGUGAUGUCAAAAGAUGGCCCAGUACUUGAUACAUACGUGAAACAACUCAAACAAAUAGUUCCAGUUUUCUGUGACUUCGAUACAGACGACGAGGGAUGGAUUGUAUUUCAGAGAAGGAAAUACGGUUCCGAGGAUUUCAAUCGUUCAUGGGAAGAAUACAAACUUGGAUUUGGUGACCUGAACGAUGACUUUUGGUGGGGAAAUGAAAAACUGCAUCACAUGACUACGGGAGAGCCUAUGGAGCUCCGCAUUGAUUUAGAGGAUUUCAAUGGAAACAAAGCCUUCGCCAAGUAUCAUUCGUUUCGAAUUCGUUCAGAGGAACAUAACUAUAAGCUUGAAGUAGGUGGAUAUAGCGGCUCUGCAGGAGAUGCGUUGAGCGACAAUGUAAACGAUUUUUGGAAUCAUAAUGGACAGGAGUUUUCUACUCGUGACAGAGAUAAUGAUAACCACUUGACCAACUGUGCGGAAAGAUUUAGAGGAGGAUGGUGGUUCAAUGCUUGUUUCGCUGCUAAUUUAAAUGGACAUUGUUUUGGAAAGGAACAGGGCGCAGGCGAUUGGCAAGGUAUACUCUGGUAUACAUUCAGCGAAAAGUCGUCCCUGAAAUUUGCUGAAAUGAAGUUCCGAUGAAAGCAAUGACAAAGUCCAACGCUGUUUAAAAACAAACUAGAAGUAUUAGUUUGUUUGUACUCAAUUUUGCUUUUUGGGUGAUUAUAUAUUGAUAAAUCUUGGUCAAAAUGACAUUGUAUUUGUUUAAACGUUUUACACAAUUUUUAAUACGGGCUCUAAACCGAGCGAAGCUCGGCAGAGCCCUAUUACGGUUACACGUAGCACUACUUUUGUUCAAAAGUUGCACAUACUAUCAGCCUGAAAAAAAGACGUAAAGGUGAUGGAACCAGUAUUUUUUUCUGUUCAUAAACUAUAUUGAGCGCGUGCAUGCCGGACACCAACGUUAUCAGAGCGUGACGACACGGAAGAAAAAAUUUAAACUAUGCGAUGCGGCGAAAUAGCGCCCCACUAGUUAUUAAACAUGCAACACUGUCAGAUACCGAAGGUGCAACACCGUCAGAUACCCAUGGUGCAAUACCGUCAGAUAGCCAAGGUGCAACAUCGUCAGCUGCCCAAGAUGCACCACCGUCAGAUACCCAAAGUGCAACACCGUCAUAUACCCAAAGUGCUACAUCGUCAGCUACCCAAGAUGCACCACCGUCAGAUACCCAAGGUGCAACUCCGUCAGAUACCCCAAGGUGCAACACCGUCAAAUAUCCAAGGUGCAACACUGUCAGAUACCCAACAUGCAACACAGUCAGAUACCCAACAUGCAACACUGUCAGAUACCCAAGGUGCAACACUGUCAGAUACCCAAGGUGAAACACCGUCGGAUACCCAAGAUGCAACAAAAUCAGCUUUCCAAGGUGCAACACCGUCAGAUACCUAAGGUGAAACACCGUCGGAUACCCAAGAUGCAACGACGUCAGAUACCCAAUGUGCAACACUGUCAGAUACCCAAGAUGCAACGCUGUCAGAUAGCCAAGGUGCAACAAUGUCAGUUAUCCAAGGUGCAACACCGUCAAAUACCCAAGAUGCAACAUCGUCAGAUACCGAACAUGCAACACUGUCAGAUACCUAAGGUGCAACAACGUCAGAUACCCAAGGUGCAACACCGUCAGAUACACAAGAUGCAGAACUGUCAGAUACCCAAGGUGCAACAAUGUUAGAUACACAAGAUGCAACAACGUCAAAUACCCAAAAUGCAACACCGUCAGAUACCCAACAUGCAUCAAUGUCAGAUACCCAAGGUGCAACACCGUCAGAUACCCAAGGUUCAACACCGUCAGAAAUACCAAAGAUGCAAUAAUGUCAGAUAGGAUAGGUGAAACACCGUCAGACACUCAAGAUGCAACACCACCGUCAGAUAACCAAGUUGCAACACCACAUUUAGAUAACCAAGCAACAGCAUCGUCAGAUAACCAAGGUACAACAUCGUCAAAUACCCAAGGUGCAACAUCGUCAGAUAACCAAGGUGCAACACUGUUAGAUAACCAAGGUGCAACACUGUCAGAUACUCAAGGUGCAACACUGUCAGAUACUCAAGGUGCAACACCGUCAGAUACCAAAUUGCAUCACUGUCAGAUACCCAAGGUGCAACACCGUCAGAUACCCAAAAUGCAACACCGUCAGAUACCCAAGGUGCAAACCUUUCAGAUACCCAACAUGCAACACUGUCAGAUACCCCAGGUGCAACACUGUCAGAUACCCAACUUGUAACACUGUCAUAUACCCAAGGUGCAACACCGUCAGAUUACCAAGGUACAACACUGUCAGAUAACUAAGGUGCAACAUCGUCAGAAAUACCCAACGUGCAACACCGUCAGAUAACCAAGGUGCAACACUGUCAGAUACCCCAGGUGCAACAUCGUCAGAUAACCAAGGUGCAACAUCGUCAGAUACCCAAGGUGCAUCACUGUCAGAUACCCAAGGUGCAACAUCGUCAGAUAACCAAGGUGCAACAUCGUCAGAUAACCAAAGUGCAUAACUGUCAGAUACCCAAGGUGCAACAUCGUCAGAUAACCAACGUGCAACAUCGUCAGAUAACCAAGGUGCAACAUCGUCAGAUACCCAAGGUGCAACACCGUCAGAUAACCAAGGUUCAACAUUGUCAGCUACCUAAUGUGCAACACCGUCAGAAACCCAAGAUGCAACACCGUCAGAUACCCAAGGUGCAACACUGUCAGAUACCCAAUGUGCAACAUCGUCAGAUAACCAAGGUGCAACUUCGUCAGAUAACCAAGGUGCAACACUGUCAG